AUGAGGUUCGGUGCUCAGCUCGAAGAUUCCGUUUAUGAGUCGUGGAAGGACAGUUACAUCAACUAUGCCAACUUGAAGACCCUGCUGAAGCAGGACAACCCGGAGGACUGGACGGAGAAUGACGAGAGUCGCUUCGUGGAAUGUUUGGAUAAGGAGCUUGAGAAGGUCUAUGCAUUCCAAAACAAGAUCUAUCAAGAGCUCAAGACGUCCAUCGUUCAAUUGGAGUCAGAGGUGGAUGCCGCUGCCGCAGAACCCUCAAACUCCGACAAAGCCCGCCAAACUCAAGACUCCCUAGACAAAACCACCGAGGAAGUCAACCAGCUCGAGCGCUACUCUCGCAUUAACUUCACCGGUUUUCUUAAAAUCGCAAAGAAGCAUGACAAGCUUCACAAGGGAUACACCGUCCGUCCAUUGCUUCAGGUCCGCUUGAGCAUGUGUCCAUUCAACUCUGAGGACUACUCCCCACUGUUGUGGAAAUUGUCGACGAUGUAUGCUAAGCUGAGGGAGAACGUCAAAGUUGAGUUGCCUAAGGUGCAACUUCCUUCGAGUCUUGGACCCAGCUCAGUGUUGAGUGCGCAUAGCUUCCCUAUCAACGGUAUCCAACAGGUCAAGAGGCAUUCCUACAAGUUCUGGGUACAUUCCGACAACAUUAUGGAAGUCAAGACCUACAUUUUGCGUCGUUUGCCUGUAUUGGUCUAUAACCCUUCUACUGCAAAGGCUAACCAGGGCAACAUCCCCGAUCCCUCCAUCACUUCACUCUACUUCGACAACUCAGCCUUGUCCCUCUACAUGAACAAGAUCGAGCGCAAGGAGAAUGCGCGGUCCCUUCGUCUCCGUUGGUCCGGCCAUCUCAAGGAGAAGCCCGAGAUCUUCCUCGAGCGCAAGACCGCCUCUGCCACUGAUGAAUCUGAGGACACCGAGGACAGAAUUGCCAUCAAGGAGAAGUACAUUAAGGACUUCAUUGAUGGAACCUACUCUAUGGAGAAGCAAAUUAAGAAGAUGCGCGAUGCGGGUGUCCAGAGCGAUGAGGCGAUCGAGCAUUAUGAGAAGUUGGUCCGUGACGUCCAGGCCAUGAUCAAGGAGCACAACCUUCGUCCCGUCAUGCGUGCGGUGUACACCCGUACCGCUUUCCAGAUCCCCGGUGACGAUAGCGUUCGUAUCUCUCUCGACACCAACCUUGCAUUGAUUCGGGAGGACGAUUUCGAUGAGGAGCGUCCCCAUCGUAACCCGGAUGACUGGCACCGUGCUGACAUCGAUGAUUCCAUGAUGGAGUACCCUUUCAAGUCGCUGAAGAAGGGUGAGAUUAACCGUUUCCCCUACGCGCUCUUGGAGAUCAAGGUCCAGGUCCGUGGUAACGAGGAAGAACCCAAGUGGGCUGCCGAAUUGCGUCAGUCCCAUUUGGUCACCGAAGCACCCCGUUUCUCCAAGUUCGCACAUGGUGUUGCUGUGUUGUUCGACCCUAAUUUGUUGCCUUUCUGGUUGCCUGAUGUGGAGAAGGACAUUAGGCGGGAUCCUGGCGAGGCUUACGACCCGAACAGGCAGAAUGGAUUCGGUCAGAGCUCGAAUGGACCCAAGCUCGUCAUUUCCUACGACAACAAGAAGAAGAAUGAAGAGGACAACGAGGAUGCCGCAUCGGAUAGGAGCAAGCCCGCGAGUAGCAAGAAGGGUAAGGGUAAGGCUGUUAACCGUGCCGCGCCCGACGAGAGAUACGGGUCUUACGUUAUGGAGGAUGAUACAGAUGAGGAGAGUGCUGAUGAUCGCAGACUAACCUUGAGGGGCUUGCCUGCGCUGUUCAAGAAGUCGAACUACCGUACCAUCACCAAAGGUCGGGAACCCAGCCCCACUCGUCUUCCGCCUGGUGUAUCAAAGCCGGAGUACCUCUUGAGGACUCAGGGGCCUGUUAAGGUCGAGGCUAAAGUUUGGUUGGCGAAUGAGCGUACGUUCAUCAAGUGGAUGCACGUUUGUACCCUCCUCUCCACCCUUGCACUCGCCCUCUUCAAUGGCGCUUCGGACGAGAACAAGGUCGGACGUUGGCUCGGUUUCAUCUACGCUUGUAUCUCCGUCGCCGCCGGUGCAUGGGGUUACUUCUUGUUCAAGCGCAGAGCAAAGAAGAUCGCGGAACGGUCCCCUGGAAAUUUUGAUGACUUCUAUGGACCGUUGGGUGUAUGUAUGGCACUACUCGUUGCGCUUGGGUUGAACUUUGGGUUGAAGUAUAAUGAGAUGUUGCAGGAUAGGAAGAAGGGACAUUUUUAA